AGCAGUUCUCAGUGAUGCUCACUGCAUGCUGACAGGUAGAGGAGGAGACGGGGAUCUGCUUAAAACUAGAGGAUAUGGUUAAUCUCACAGCAUUUCUUGAUCCAACUACUGGAUGCAAAGUUUUUCCAUCGUCGGGUGGUUGUGAUGAGGAAAUUAGUCUGUUCCUGUAUAAGGGACAGGUCAACAUGGAGACUAUAAAUGCACUUCAGGGAAAAGAAACUGGCCUACGUGAUCACGGGGAGCUGAUCGAGGUACAUGUGGUUCCUUAUGAUAAGCUUUGGCGCAUAACUGCGGAUGCAAAAGUACUUUGUGCUAUUGCUCUCUAUGAAAUGACCAAAAGAGAUGGCCUACUGCCUCAAACCAUUUCUCGUGAAGUUUCUAAAUGAACAUGUUUUCUUUUAUUGUUACAUCAAAACUACUUUUGCUGGACUAUCUCGGUGCACGAACAGCUCUUCACACGGGUUGUGAUAGACUAACUUGUGUUUUUCGUCAAUAAUGUUUUUCACUUUCUCUUAAGAGAAGGAAAUUUUGAGAUAGUUUCAUUGCUUGUGUAACAUUUCAUUUUUCUGUUGCUGCCAAGUUUGAGA